AGAACAAAGACAUCGGCUGAAAGAAAGAAGGUGGGGGGGAACCUCGCCACCUCCCGCGAAGGACACGAAUCGGCACGCGUUUUCCCUUCCUCCACCCCAUUCCUCGCCCGUAAGAAACUAAUGGAUUUCCAAAGUGAAAUUCCGGAGGAAAUUUGAGGAGUAUCCGGAUCCGGAGAAAGAGCGAAGGAAAAGGCUGGGGAAAAAGAGAAAAGAAGGAAGGAAGGAAAAGAAGGACAAGUGGCGUGGAGAGCAGAUCAAAGCCGGAGCUGGAAGGACAAGACCCGCUGGGGGAAAAGAUGGGGAAAUGAAUCGUCUGCCAGAUCCCAGCCAAAGCGGCGUUUUGGCCCAGCGAAGCUACUAACCCGAUAGUUGAUGAACUUUUAACAUGCCCGUUCGCCUAACCACCAGCCUCAAUCAGUAUUAACCAAUGUCAACAAUUAGGGAGCAGCCGAUUUUCAGCACCAGGGCCCAUAUUUUUCAAAUCGAUCCAGCCACCAAAAGAAACUGGAUCCCAGCGAGCAAGCAUGCCUUGACGGUCUCCUACUUCUUUGAUGCCACCCGUAAUGUCUACCGGAUCAUCAGCGUGGGAGGCACCAAGGCCAUCAUCAACAGCACCAUCACCCCCAACAUGACCUUCACGAAAACCUCGCAGAAAUUUGGCCAGUGGGCAGACAGCCGGGCCAACACGGUGUAUGGAUUGGGUUUCGCCUCCGAACAACACCUCUCCCAGUUUGCUGAAAAGUUCCAAGAGGUGAAGGAAGCCGCCCGCCUGGCAAGGGAGAAAUCGCAAGACAAGACGGAGCUGACCAGCCCUGCGCUGAGCUUGACUUCCCACCAGAUCCUACCCAGCCCCAUCAUCAGUUCAAAUGGGCCGGGAGAUGACAAACUUUUCCGGAGCCAGAGCGCGGACAUGGAAAUGACGACAGAAAGAGAGCGGAUCAAGAAGAUGCUUUCAGAAGGGUCUGUCUGCGAAGUCCAGUGGGAAGCGGAAUUCUUCACUCUGCAAGACAACAAUAAUAAGUUGGUAGCUGCAUUGCAUGAAGCCAACACCAACGUGGAUCAGUGGAAGAAGCAGCUGGCGGCCUAUCAGGAAGAGACGGAGGGGCUGCGGCUACGAGUAGCGGAGCUGGAAGCCGAAAGAGGUCGUGACCUGUCCAGCGAAGUCAAGGAAGUGCCCAGCCCAGCACUAGAAGAAUUGGAGCAGCUGGUGAAAGCCAAAGACGAGGAACUUCAGCAGCUCAAGAGCCAGAAAGGGGGGCCCUGGGAAGUGGAUGAGGAGUGCGAGGAAACCCGCCAGAAGGUGCAGGACCUUGAGAGGCGGAACACGGAGCUGGAACGCCGCUUGCACCUGGCCGAGCGCUCGUUGUCCGAGACGCUGUCCGAGCGGGAGAAGAUGUACCACGAGGUGGCCAAGGUAGCCGAGAUCAUGGACAUGAAGAUCUUCGAGCUCAGCGAACUGCGGCAGGACUUGGCCAAGCUGGUGGAGAGCAACUGAGGCGUCGGAACCGGGGCUGCCGGUCUUCCCGAAACAUUGCCCUGGCGGGAAACGGGGUGUGUGUUUUUCCAAGCCAAUGACCCCCUUCGUCCUCCAUGGCGAGGCACCUCUGGUUGUGGACGGCGCCUUUUCGACGUCUCCUUCAAUUCCUUUCGGAUGCUUCCAUUUCUACAGGCGACAGCGCGUUCCUUGUUUUUCUAGCCCGAGGCCGUACAAUCGGUUUUUCCACUCCACUAGUUUUUGAUAGAGGACUGUUUCUCCACCCGCCCCACCCCCACCGCCGCCCGUCCUCACCGGAACCCGUGGCGGAGUCAAAAUCUUCCCGUCUUUCCCGUGACCCCUCUUGCUGUGUCUUUUUAACAAGAUUGCUUUUUAUGGAUUACCGAAACGCAGCCAAACAAACUCUCCGAGGGGAGCACGAAUCUCUUUGGGGAAGGAAACGGGGGCGAUUGAUUAUUUUCUUUCUCUCUCUCCCCCCCCCCCUUCCAUUGUACCUUCGUUCAAAGCAAGCGAUGGUUUUGUGUUAGUGCAUUAGGCGGAUCUGUGAAUGUGGCGUUCGGCGUGGAAAAAGCAAGCCGGGGA